UCGUCUUUGCAAUGUUCAUGAUGUCCUUGAAUUCUACUGUGGUUGCGCCUGCGCUGAGUAUUAUUGCUACCGAUUUGAAUGCAUUGGAUUCCCAAACAUGGAUUGCGACGGCUUAUCUUGUGGCCGUGAAUGCAUUCCAACCAUUAUCCGGCAAGUUUUCCGAUAUCUUUGGAAGAAAGGCUGUUUUCUUGUUUGGUAUCGUUCUGUUCCUCAUUGGGUCAAUGAUAAAUGCACUAUCCAAGAAUAUCGAUAUGCUUAUUGCUGGUCGUACUAUUCAAGGCUUUGGUGGUGGCGGUGUCAUGUCCAUGACUUAUAUCCUAGUUACUGAUGUUGCUCCUAUCCCAUUGCGACCUCGAUUCCAAUCUAUGUUGGCCGUUGUUUAUGGUAUCGCGAGUGUUGUCGGCCCACUUAUCGGUGGUGCAUUUGUAGAUCAUGCUUCAUGGCACUGGGAUUUUUGGUUGAAUGUUAUUUUAGCUGCAUGUGCGUUGAUAAUUGCUUUCUUUUUUUUGGAAGAAACUCAAGAUACCGGUAAAGAUACGUUUGUUGGUAAAAUAAAACGCAUUGAUUGGACGGGUUCUGUCUGUGCUAUUGGAUUUAUCGUUUGCUUGCUAUUAGCUCUGAACUGGGGAAGCCCCUAUGGAUGGAACGAUGCUCAUUGUAUAGGUGCAUUUGUAGGCGCAGGGAUUUCAUUCAUCGGUUUAAUAAUAUCUGAAGGAUGGAUUGCUAAAGAGGCUCUUUUACCAGGCCGCAUUCUGUUCAAUCCUGGAUGUUUUGUAGUGUACUUGUACAUUAUGACUUUGGGUCUAACUUUUGUUGGUACACUUUACUUUGGCCCUAUUUAUUUUCAGGCUGUAUUCGGUGCUAAUAGCACACAGUCAGGUCUUCGUCUUGUCCCAUUCAUGGUUUGUCUCAUUGCUGGUUCUGUCGGCUGUGGCGUAUUGUUAAGGAAGUUUCCUUAUACCAAGGUCUACCUUAUGAUUGGGUCAGCAUCCAAUCUGUUAGGCUACGGGCUUUUUUACACCGUCCAUGAGCAGAGCUCGUGGGGACAGCAAGCUGGCUAUCUCGCCUUUUGUGGAUUUGCUUUCGGAUUAUCCCAGCAAAAUGCCAUUCUCACCUGUCAAUCCAGUGUUGAAUGUAAGGACAUUGCGGUGGCGACCAGCUCAAAUAACUUUUUCAUGAUGCUAGCUUCCUCUGUUGGUAUUGCGAUUUACCAAGUGCUUUAUGCUAUAUUUUUGAAAAGAGAGUUUGCUCAAUUGCCGCUCGAUGUCCUCACAACGGCAAACAAAUAUGGCGCUCUCAAAAAUUUCUUACUUGUUCGUACCAUGCCGCUGGACAUUCAACGGCCCGUGAUCUCUGCUUACUCUAGAGCUAUUCACACUAUCUUUAUUUUACCUAUUGCUGCUUCUGCAGUUGGCUUUAUUUGUACAUUAUUCUGCAGAAAUGUUCGCUACGGUGCAGCUUCUCCUACUAUGCAACAAGAAGUCAAAGAGGAUAUUGAAAAUAACAUGGCUGCUGAUAAAAAAACUUGAUUCUCUCUUUCCAGGAUGACUGUACAUACAGUAAGGAUGAACGGAAGAAAGGGUUGGUUUCUUUCUCCCUCUUUCUCCAUAUACAUAGAAUUAUAGAUCAUUUGCCAUAUCGGUUACUUCUCUCUCUCAUAACAUGAAGAAGUCGUGUACAAUAUUUGCUGUACCACAAUACGUACAACUUUACAUUGAAGAC